GGUGACGCAGUUGGCGAAGUGGAAGCCCCGCCGUCAAUCAAAUUAGGAAAAAAACAAACUGGACUAAAGCGAGCGCAGGCACCGAUUAAAAUAACCAUGCUCGGAGUGUAAUUAAACGCAGAUAUCAGUCUUCGUUAAAGAACUCACGUAAUGACCGCGCCUGAAGGGCCAGUGAAAGCGGGAGUCAUGGCGGACAGCAGCAGCGCUCAGGACGGCGGCGGCGCGGAGCAGGACGGACAGCCCUCGUCGCUCGCCCUGCUCGCCGCCACUUGCACCGGCCUCGGUUCGCCCGCCCCCGGAGCAGAGCACGGGGCAAACUACAAUAAUGCUGCUGCUGGAGGGAACGCAGACCUCUCAGUGCAGUUAACAGGGUCGUCUGAAAGGUGGGAGGCGGUGAAGGACGAGUCGGGUGUCCUGCAUCUCCACGGCACGGGAUGGGUUUAUCCGUGUUCCUUGGCUCCAUGUUUUGCAUCAGUCACCAUAGUAACAGCAAGAGAUGAGGACGUGUUCAUUGUUAUUGGAUCUUCCCGUGUCCAAGGAGUUCAGAACCUCCAGAACCUUCAGCUCCAGACGGCUCCAGCUCAGCAGAUUACUCUGGCCCCGGUGCAAACGCUGUCUCUGGGUCAGGGUGGUGCAGCAGUCAGCCUGACCUCCGGACAGAUGCCUAACCUGCAGUCGGUGACGGUGAACGCUGUGGGCCAGGCAGGCAUUCAGUUCCAGCAGUCUGAGGACACAGACAGCACUGGAGAUAUUCAGAUUAAGGAGGAGCCUGAUUCGGAGGAGUGGCCUCUGGAUAGUAGCUCUACGCUGAAUGCCAAUGACCUCUCUCACCUUCGUGUUCGUUUAGUGGAGGAGGAGAUGGAGGGAUUGAACCAGGAGGGCAAACGUCUGCGCAGGGUCGCAUGCACCUGCCCCAACUGCAAAGAGGGAGGCGGGAGGGGAUCUAACGUGGGCAAGAAGAAACAGCACGUGUGCCAUAUAGCCGGCUGUGGGAAGGUAUACGGGAAGACGUCUCACUUGAGAGCUCACCUGCGCUGGCACUCGGGAGAGAGACCCUUUGUCUGCACCUGGAUGUUUUGUGGGAAGAGGUUCACGCGCAGUGAUGAAUUACAGCGACACAGGAGAACACACACUGGAGAGAAGAAGUUUGUGUGUUCUGAGUGUUCGAAGCGGUUCAUGCGCAGCGAUCACCUGGCCAAGCACAUAAAGACGCAUCAGAACAAGAAGGGAGGGGGCGGAGCCGUGGUGGCCAGUGUGGGCGGAGCCAUGUCCUCGGACAGCAUCAUCACAACGGGCGGCACCACACUCAUCCUCACCAACAUCCAGCCCGGCACCAUGCAGGGCCUGGCCACCGUCAGCGCUACCGUCAACACGUCUAGCUCACAGGACCAGCUGAGCACAGCCGAGAUUCCUCUGCAGUUAGUCUCAGUGUCCGCCGGGGACACGGCCGAGUGACACACCGUGAACGCUCUGUUAGACUGCCAAGGCUCCGCCUCUUCCUGUAUGACAUCACAUUCUCUUCUCCCGCAACCUGAGACUUCAUACGUCGAUUCCAAGCUCACACAUUUACCUUGCUUUUAUACCUUUACAUAUUUACCCUCCUUUGCGUAAAUAUGUACAUUUACGUGAAUGCAUAUACACACACACACACACACACACACACACAUAUAUAUAUAUAUAUAUAUAUUUUACAAAUAUAGAAUUAUUGGGGGUUUUGUUCAUCUUUUUAUGGGGGAAGCAUUAUUUCUUGUUUUCACAUACAACACUGAAAUGCCUUAUAUUGUAUUAUAAGCUGUCGUGUACAAAGCUCGAGUUCUUCAUGGGUGUAAAGCAUCUGUUUCUGUGUGUACUUGUUGGAAUGGGAAUAAUCGUGUUGUGUAACAGACGGGUGGCUGAUGUUAAAGGAGCAGCUUAGCCAAAAGUGAAAAUCUCACGUUAUUUAUUUCCCCCUCCAUUACGGCAUUCCAAACUCGUGCGGUUUCUUUGAGGGAAAAUUGUUUUCUUUCCAUGCAACAACACGUCCAUGUCUGUCAAGCUCCAGAGUGGACAAAAACUAGUCCAUGUGACUAGAAUCAUGUUGUGUGAGAAACAGACCCAAAAUGCAAGCUUUUAUUCAGUGAGAGUCAUCCCAUCAGCUGUAUAACUUUGUCAGACUCUGCGUUUUCUGUCAUGGGCUUUGUUUGGAUGGGCUUCAGAAGAAUGUAGCGUCUUGAGUCUAAACGAGUUCUCGUGGAGCGGGGGAGUAAGUAAUGGCAGAAUUUCCAUUACUGUGGGUGAGCUGUUUCUCAUUUUAAUUAUAGGUCGUAAGUGAUAUUCGUGGUGUAAGUUCUCCAUAUAAGGAGUAAGAUAUAAAACUUUGGUGAGGAGCCUGCCAUUGUGCUGUUGGGAGUCACGAAGGUGUCCAAUAGUGUCUUUACAUGUCUCCGAUGCUCCUCAUGAAAAUGCAUUUGAUUUAUUUUAUGUAGUUUUAUUUUGUGUAGGUAAACCCAGGCCUGGCAAAGGGGAAAAAUAUGAAACAAUCAUGUAAUUAAAAGCAUUUUAUGUAUCAUAAUUCUCAAACCUCUAUGAGUUGAUCAGAUCUUUCAAUAUGAAUUUGUUGCGAAUGAAGUCUUUUUUGAGCAAAGUGAUAUUUAUAUAUACAUUGUAACCUGGAUUUGUGGUGUCCACAACUGCUUUUCUAAGGGAAAAAAACUCCCUUCGGCUUUACUUUUUUAAAGAACUGGACUGUAAUCAGCAUCAAGAAUCAUUUGUAUGAAAUGAAGCGGUUUGUAGUUUGCCAAAUUUGAUAAAUAGAUAGAAAAACUCUU